CACUUCCUACCAAAUAAACAAAAGGGUGACGCUCACGCCGCAAUUUGGCAAAUUCUUAUUCGUCUCUAUCGAACAAGUAAAACCCAAAGCCCUAAUGUGAAAAACCUCAGCUUUCUUGUUCUCCAAACACAAAAAUUCUUGGAAAUGAGUAUUUUCAAGAAAGCUUCAAGAACUCUCAUCAGAUCCAAAUUAUCUUAUUUACCUUAUAGUCAAAGUGCUGCUUCAUUUUGCUCUAGACCUCGUCAAAACAGUAAAGAAGGAUCAACUAUAGAUUUGAAUGAAUACCCAUCUGAUAAUAUUAGAAACUUUUCAAUUAUUGCACAUGUUGAUCAUGGAAAAUCAACGUUAGCUGACCGCCUUUUGGAACUUACUGGAACUAUUAGAAAAGGACAUGGUCAACCUCAAUACUUAGAUAAAUUGCAGGUAGAGAGGGAACGGGGAAUAACCGUUAAAGCUCAAACAGCAACUAUGUUCCAUCGUCACAAGUUCCUUGGCAGUGAUACAUAUUUUUUGUUAAACCUGAUUGACACACCUGGGCAUGUGGAUUUCAGCUAUGAAGUGUCCAGAUCUUUGGCAGCUUGUCAAGGUGCCCUUUUGGUUGUAGAUGCAGCCCAAGGUGUGCAGGCACAAACUGUUGCUAAUUUUUACCUCGCGUUUGAAUCAAACCUGGCCAUAAUUCCUGUCAUAAACAAAAUUGAUCAGCCCACAGCUGAUCCAGAUCGGGUAAAAGCACAGCUCAAAUCCAUGUUUGACCUUGAUCCUAGUGAUGCACUAUUAACCUCAGCAAAAACUGGUCAAGGUCUGGAGAAGGUUCUUCCUGCUGUGAUAGAGCGAAUUCCUCCACCCCCUGGUAAAAACACUUCACCUUUGCGAAUGCUUUUGCUGGACUCGUAUUAUGAUGAGUACAAGGGAGUUAUCUGCCAUGUGGCUAUUGUUGAUGGUGCUCUGCACAAGGGUGACAAGAUUUGCUCUGCUGUGACUGGCCAGAGUUACGAAGUUAACGAUGUUGGUAUUAUGCACCCAGAUAUUGUGCCUACAGGAAUCCUUUUAACAGGUCAAGUUGGAUACAUGGUCAGUGGAAUGCGUUCAACAAAAGAGGCCCGUAUCGGAGAUACUCUACAUCAUACACGAACAGUUAUACAGCCCCUUCCAGGUUUCAAGCCAGCAAAACAUAUGGUCUUUUCUGGUCUAUAUCCAGCUGAUGGAUCUGAUUUUGAGGCACUUAACCAUGCCAUAGAGAGAUUGACGUGUAAUGAUGCCAGUGUCUCUGUAACUAAAGAAAGUAGCACAGCUCUAGGUCUGGGUUUCAGGUGUGGUUUCUUGGGCUUACUUCACAUGGAUGUUUUUCAUCAGCGGCUUGAGCAGGAACAUGGAGCACAUGUCAUUUCCACUGUUCCUACGGUGCCAUAUAUUUUUGAGUACUCAGAUGGAAGCAAGUUACAGGUUCAGAAUCCUGCUGCUUUGCCUUCAAACCCCAAAGAUCGACUUGUGGCCUGCUGGGAACCUACUGUUAUAGCUACUAUUAUUAUCCCUAGUGAGUAUGUGGGGUCUGUUAUCACUCUAUGCGCGGAGCGUCGCGGAGAGCAGUUGGAGUACUCAUUCAUUGAUAGCCAACGGGCUUUCAUGAAGUAUCGCAUGCCCCUGAGGGAAAUUGUUGUGGACUUCUACAAUGAACUGAAAAGUAUAACAUCAGGAUAUGCUUCGUUUGAUUAUGAGGACUCACAAUAUCAGGCUGCAGAUUUGGUGAAGCUGGAUAUUCUCCUCAAUGGCCAACCAGUUGAUGCCAUGGCAACCAUUGUCCACAAAUCAAAAGCUCCACGUGUUGGCCGCGAACUUGUGGAGAAGCUUAAAAAGUUCAUAGACAGGCAGAUGUUUGAAAUUAUCAUACAAGCUGCUAUUGGAUCUAAGGUCAUCGCAAGGGAGACGCUUUCUGCUAUGAGAAAGAAUGUUCUGGCGAAGUGUUAUGGUGGGGAUAUUACAAGGAAGAAGAAGUUGUUGGAGAAACAAAAAGAAGGGAAGAAGCGAAUGAAGCGAGUGGGAUCUGUUGAUAUACCUCAAGAGGCAUUCCACGAGUUACUCAAGGUUUCAUGAAGACCAUCUUAAAUGCCUUCAAGAUUCUUGUUGUAAAAGGUAAAUGAGGAAUUACUAUGUUUCUUCCUAGUUAUUAGGUGUAUUUGUUUUACCCUCUCAGGGCAGGUUCCUGGUAAUUGAAUUUUGAUAGAAGUUUUAGCAGACAGGAGAUAUGCCGAUGAAUAAAAAAUGGAAACACUAUAUUGGCAAGAAAAUUGUCUCAGGAACAUAACUAUUUUUUCCCUCCAUAAAACGUAAGAUGUCGUCAUAUACGGUGAUGUAUACCCACACAGCAGACAUUAUAGAUUCACUAAGUUCAAUUACACAAGGUACCAUUGUUAGACGA